UCCGGCGAUGGAUGGAACAUGGGUUGGGGGCCGACUCUUGGGACCUGCUGGAAAUUCUGGAUUUCUAUAGCGCAUCGCGGGUAACAUAGGCUGUACAAUCGUGUGACUGGUCCAUUCACUGGGUUUGGUAUAGCCCUGUCAAUAAAGUCCCUGCGGCUGGCGGGAAGCGUCACACCAGUGAAGCUGCGCGUGUGGGUGGCAGUGGCAGCAACGCUGAUCUCUGAGCCCGACGAUGGACGAGCUGGACCAGCUGCUGAUCCGGCCCCUGGGCGCCGGCCAGGAGGUGGGCCGCUCCUGCAUCAUGCUCGAGUUCAAGGGCAAGAAGAUCAUGCUCGACUGUGGCAUCCACCCGGGCCUCUCUGGCAUGGACGCGCUGCCCUUUGUUGACAUGAUCAACGCCGAGGAGGUGGACCUGCUGCUGGUGAGUCACUUUCACUUGGACCACUGCGGCUCGCUGCCCUGGUUCCUGCAGAAAACCACGUUCAAGGGCCGCUGCUUCAUGACGCACGCCACUAAGGCCAUCUACCGCUGGCUGCUUGCCGACUACAUCAAGGUGUCCAACAUCGCCACCGAGCAGAUGCUGUACACGGAGGCCGACCUGGAGGCCACCAUGGACAAGAUCGAGACCAUCAACUUCCACGAGGAGAAGGACGUGCGUGGCGUCAAGUUCUGGGCGUACCACGCCGGCCACGUGCUCGGCGCCGCCAUGUUCAUGAUCGAGAUCGCCGGCGUCAAGAUCCUGUACACGGGCGACUUCUCGCGCCAGGAGGACCGCCACCUGAUGGUGGCCGAGAUGCCGACCAUCCAGCCGGACGUGCUCAUCAUCGAGUCGACGUACGGCACGCACAUCCACGAGAAGCGCGAGGACCGCGAGAGUCGGUUCACGGGCGUGGUCCACGACAUCGUGCAGCGCGGCGGCCGCUGCCUGAUCCCGGUGUUCGCGCUCGGCCGCGCGCAGGAGCUGCAGCUGAUCCUGGACGAGUACUGGGCGCAGCACCCGGAACUGCACGACGUGCCCAUCUACUACGCCUCGUCGCUCGCCAAGAAGUGCAUGGCCGUGUACCAGACGUACGUGAACGCCAUGAACGAGCGCAUCCGCCGUCAGAUCGCCGUCAACAACCCGUUCGUGUUCAAGCACAUCCAGAACCUGAAGGGCAUCGACCACUUCGACGACGUCGGGCCGUGCGUCAUCAUGGCCUCGCCGGGCAUGAUGCAGAGUGGCCUGUCGCGCGAGCUCUUCGAGUCGUGGUGCACCGACCCCAAGAACGGCGUCAUCAUCGCCGGCUACUGCGUCGAGGGCACGCUGGCCAAGCACCUUCUCUCGGAGCCGGACGAGGUGAACACCAUGUCCGGCCAGAAGCUACCGCUCAAGAUGUCCGUCGACUAUAUCUCGUUCUCGGCGCACACCGACUACGCGCAGACGUCCGACUUCAUCCAGCAGCUGCGCCCGCCGCACAUCGUGCUGGUGCACGGCGAGCAGAACGUGAUGUCGCGCCUGAAAGAGGCGCUGCUGCGCGAGUACGCCGCCGACCCGCAGCGCGGCGCCGUCCAGAUCCACAACCCGCGCAACACUGUGGCCGUGACGCUGCACUUCCGCGGCGAGAAGAUGGCCAAGGUGAUGGGCACGCUGGCCAUGGAGCCGCCCACCGACGGCCGCCACCUCGCCGGCGUGCUGGUCAAGCGCAACUUCAGCUACCACCUGCUCUCGCCCGACGAGCUCGGCAAGUACACGGACAUGACGCAGAGCCAGGUGUCGCAGCGGCUGAGCGUGCACUUCUCCGGCUCGCCGCAGCUGCUGCAGUACGUGCUGUCCAACAUCGCGGCCGACUUCGAGCCGGCCAAGGGCCGCCACCAGUGGCGCCUGUUCAAGGCCGUCACCGUCACGCUGGACGGCCAGACGGCCGUGCUCGAGUGGGUGGCCAGUCCGGGCGCCGACAUGCUGGCCGACGCCGUGCUGGCGGCCGUGCUGAAGGCCGAGACGACGCGCGUCGACGCGCCCACGCGGCCGCUCAAGUUCGACCGCAUGCACUACAAGGAGUGUCUGAUCGAGACGCUGCAGGAGAUGUUCGGCGACGAGUCGGUGCCCAAGUUCUUCAAGGGCGACAAGUUCUACGUAACGUGUGGCGGGCGGCGCGCGGAUAUCGACCUGGCCGACAUGACGGUCACGUGCGAGGACGACGAGAUCUUCCGCAACACGGUGCACACGGCCGUCACCAAGCUGUACCAGUCGCUGGCGCCCGCCCGGCUCAACUGACCGGCGCCCACCUCGGCCCGACAUGGGCCGUGGGCGAGGGCUCUCAUCGUCAUACGCUGUGUUCGCCAUUGUGAAGUCGUUAAACGUGCUAUUAUUUGUAAUAAAGACCUGGCAACGAA